UAAUAUGGAGUGGCCCGAAAGAAACGAGGUCUAAAAGGAACGGGUGUGCGAAGGGGGGGGGGGGGGGGAAGCAGAAGGGGGAGACGUCUCAAGGCUCAGAACGGCACGGCAAAUGCUCCAAAGCUCCAUCACAUUCGCUCGCCGACCCCGAGAGCGGCUUGAAGCUUGGCAUAUGCCGCAGCUCCUCGCUCGUCACCGAACCUAAGCGUUGCAGGAUGGCUAUGACUGACGUGCUCAGCGCUGAGGAUAUCAAGAAGGCUGUGGGAGCCUUUUCAGCAGCUGAAUCUUUUAACUACAAGAAGUUUUUCGAGAUGGUAGGAUUGAAAAAGAAGAGCCCAGAAGAUGUGAAGAAGGUUUUCCAUAUUCUUGAUAAGGACCGGAGUGGCUUCAUUGAAGAGGAGGAAUUAAAGUUUGUACUGAAGGGCUUUACCCCAGAUGGCAGAGACCUAUCAGACAAAGAAACAAAAGCUCUUCUGGCUGCUGGAGAUAAGGACGGUGAUGGUAAAAUUGGUGCUGAUGAAUUUGCAACUAUGGUGGCUGAAUCAUAAAGGCUUUAACCAAUACAAACCCUUCACCCAUCCUUCACUGCCCAAUUCCAACCACCUCCUGCUGACUGCUUUGGCUCCUGUUCUAUUUAUUUAUUUUAUACUCCAGCUCUGUUCUCUGCAAUCCUGCAACUCUGUAAUUGUGCUGAAAGACACUGUUAAAACAAUAAAGGUCACAUCAAUCUGGGCUUUAUUCUCUCUCACUAUCACUUAUUUCAUAUAGGCUUCAUGCACAUUGAGUGAAAAUUCUACUUCCCCCUCCCUCUGCUGACCCCCCUGCUGCUUUAUCCCUAAUUAGGGUAAAGUGGGAAGAAAUU